AUGCGAAGAACACGGGCACGCUGCCCCACCCGUCGGCACGCCCGCGGCCAAACCCCGCGCCUCGAGCCGCUGCAGGGCCACCCAGAUGAGUCCCGAGACGAUGACGAUGACGCUGAAGCUCGUCUGCCGCAGAACCCUGACAGGCCGCCGAUUCACUGCAGGAGUCGCGCCACAGCCAUACCACCGGAACCCAACGUCCCGACGAUGCCCCACGCCAGGCCGAAGCAGGAGGGAGGUAGCCGGCAGCAGAAGCGCCAGAUCCGGGCACAAGGCCGCCGGUACGGCCACGGAAGUACCAGAUCUAGGCACACCACGCCACACCUCGCUGGCCGCAACGACCGCGCCGGCUGCUCCCUGGCCGAGAACGAGCGGGGCAGCCCGGAUCCGACCACGGGUGGAUCGGAUCCAAUCGGGGUGGAGCCGGAAAAGCCGCCAGGUGCCGGAGCGCUGCUGUCCGGGCCCCCGAGUCGCGCCCAGCCGCUGCGCACAGCGUCCGGAACCCAAGCCCCUGCGCGCACCUCCGUGCCUCACUCGAGAGCUCGCCGCCAGGCCGUCGAGCAUCUGAGCGCCGCUAGCCGCGUUGAUUUGGCGAGGAAAGCCCCACCGCCGCCCUCCUCAUGGUUGCCAGUCAUCCAGUUGCGGCCACUCCAGCGACGACGAGGUUGGAAGCCGCCGGCGGCGGUCCGGUAA